AUGGCUUCAGCAAUGUUGAAGUUAUUAAAAUCAGAAUCUCAUAUUCUGCUACGCCGUAACUAUAGUAGUUCAGCACCGACUACAAAACUAUAUAUUGAUGGUCAGUAUGUAGACUCAAAGACAAGCCAAUGGAUUGAUCUCACCAACCCGGCUACAAAUGAAGUUAUUGGGAGAGUUCCUGAAACAACUCAAGAAGAAUUAAAUUUGGCUCUGGAAUCAGCCAAAAAGGCUUACAAAUCAUGGAGUCAAAGUACUAUUAUGACACGUCAGCAACUUAUGUUCAAAUUCGCGCGUUUACUUCGUGAAAAUCAAAGUAAGUUAGCUGCCAAAAUAACAGAGGAGCAGGGAAAGACUAUCGCUGAUGCUGAAGGCGAUGUUCUAAGAGGAAUCCAAUCGGUGGAACAUUGCUGCAGUAUCACAUCUCUCCAACUUGGUGAUUCUAUCCAGAACAUUUCCAGGGACAUGGACACUCAUAGCUAUAAAGUACCUAUUGGUGUUGUUGGUGGUGUUGCCGCAUUCAACUUCCCCGUGAUGAUUCCGCUGUGGAUGUUUCCACCAGCACUGGUUACUGGUAACACUUGCAUCCUGAAGCCAUCUGAACAAGAUCCUGGAGCGACCCUAAUGAUGAUGGAUCUGCUUCAAGAAGCUGGAGCUCCACCAGGCCUUGUUAACGUUGUCCACGGUACACACGACACAGUGAAUUUCAUUUGCGACAAACCAGAUAUUAAGGCUGUGUCGUUUGUUGGCGGAGACGCGGCUGGCAAACAUAUUUACAGCAGGGCAUCUGCCAAUGGCAAACGUGUACAAAGUAACAUGGGAGCCAAAAACCAUGGUGUAAUAAUGCCGGACGCAAAUAAAGAGCACACAUUGAACCAGCUAGCGGGUGCCGCGUUCGGUGCUGCGGGACAAAGGUGUAUGGCCCUUAGUACUGUUGUGUUUGUUGGCGAAGCUAAGGAAUGGAUCCCCGACUUGGUUGAGAGAGGAAAGGCACUCAAAGUGAACGCGGGACAUGUGCCCGGAACAGACGUCGGUCCAGUCAUCUCUGUUAGAGCUAAGGAACGGAUACACAAACUUGUCGAAUCAGGUGUAAAGGAAGGUGCCAAAUUAGUUCUCGAUGGCCGUGGAGUCAAGGUUUCUGGUUUCGAAAAGGGCAACUUUGUCGGUCCUACAAUUUUGACUGACGUCCAACCAAACAUGGAAUGUUACAAAGAGGAAAUAUUUGGCCCAGUUCUAGUCUGCCUCUUCGUGGAUACAUUAGACGAAGCAAUUACUCUAAUUAACUCAAAUCCAUACGGAAACGGUACAGCUGUGUUUACUACGAAUGGGGCAACAGCCAGAAAAUUCGCGGCGGAAAUCGACGUUGGUCAAGUUGGAAUAAAUGUGCCGAUUCCGGUUCCAUUGUCUAUGUUCUCAUUUAGUGGAACCAGGGGAAGCUUUUUGGGUACAAAUCACUUCUGCGGUAAACAGGGUAUUGACUUCUAUACAGAGUUGAAGACGGUGGUGUCAUAUUGGAGGCAAAGCGACGUUUCUCAUACUAAAGCGGCUGUUUCUAUGCCGACACAACAGUAA